CAGACAGAAUGUAGGUGCCUCUUCGCCUGGAACUCCACAAAAAUAAAAACAUUCUCAAAAGAUUUUUUCUAAAUAAAAAAUAUAUAAUAUUAUACAAAAUGGAUUUCGACCGCGUACUAGAGAAGUGCGGAAACUUCGGUAGAUUUCAGUUUGUUGUUCUAAUUCUGUAUGGCUACACAAAUAUACUAAGUUCGCUGCACUAUUUCUCUCAGACCCUGAUCACUUUUACUCCCGAGCACUGGUGCUCCCAUGACGACUUAAUGGGCUUGAGUGCCGCAGAACUGCGAUCCAUUUACUCAAAUGUUUCCCACCCAGCUUGUACUCCUCUGUCCGCGGUGAUCAAUGGCUCUGGCGUGGCCUCGGAGUCCGAGUCCUGCCAGGAUUGGAUCUUCGAGCGGGAGAAUGGCUACGAGAGUCUCACCACCGAACUGGGAUGGGUAUGCGACAAAUCGCACCAGCCAGCGGUGGGUCAGUCCUUUUUCUUCCUUGGAUCUGUGGUGGGCACAAUAACCUUUGGCUUCUUGUCGGAUCACAUUGGUCGUCUGCCUGCCAUGUUGAUGGCUGCCAUCUCUGGCGCCACAGGUGAUUUCAUCACCUCCUUUGUGCACACCCUGCCUUGGUUCGCCUUCUCCAGAUUUGUCUCGGGUCUGUCCACGGACACCAUGUACUAUCUGAUGUACAUUUUGGUUUUCGAGUACUUGAGUCCCAAGCGUCGCACUUUCGGUCUGAACAUCAUCCUGGCGGUGUUUUAUUGCUUUGGUUUGGUGACUUCUCCCUGGAUCGCCAUGUGGAUUGGCAACUGGCGCCGGUACCUCUGGGUGGCAUCCCUUCCCGCUCUGGGGGUGCUCAUCUACCCCUUGUUCAUCUGCGAAAGCGCCCAGUGGCUGUUGACAAAAAAGAAGUACGACGAGGCUGUGGCCUGUCUCAAGAAAGUGGCCAAAUUCAAUGGUCGCCAGGUGGAGGACUCCGUUUUUGAUGAGUUUGUUAAGCACUACCGCGAAAAGAUGAAUCAGGAAAGUCAAGCGAACAAGCAAACGGACACGUUCCUGGGAAUGUUCAAGACCCCGCGUCUGAGACGUUUUACCACCACACUUUUGGUUAAAUCGGUCAUCAUAACACUAUCAUACGAUGUGAUCAACCGGAAUAUGGAGGGCCUGGGAUCGUCGCCCUUCAAACUUUUCUCCCUGACCUCCACAGUGUAUCUCCCAGCUGGAUUUGCUAUCCUUUUGCUGCAAAACAGGAUCGGUCGCAAGGGAAUGGCCUGCGGAGCUUUAAUGGUGGGUGCAAUUAUUACAGCAGUUACUGGGUUCCUGAUCGCCUUCCUGGACCCCAAUGAGAACGCCGUCCUGCUGGCCUGCAUGGUGGCAUUGGGUCGUUUCGGUACCACUGUCUCCUACGAUGCGGAGAUCCAAUACGCGGCUGAAAUCAUACCAACCAGUGUCCGGGGACAGGCGGUGUCUAACAUUCAUGUGGUGGGCUUGGCCUCCAGUUCGCUGGCUUUUUAUGUGAUUUAUCUGGCUCAGUUCUACAAGCCACUUCCCUCAAUCUUUAUCAGUAUUCUGAUGUUCCUUGGAGCGCUUCUCUGCUUAUCGCUUCCAGAGACUUUGCACAAAAAACUACCGGAAACUCUGGCCGAUGGCGAACAAUUUGCAAUGAACGAGAGCUGCUUCUACUUCCCCUGCUUGCAAAAACGUCGCGAAAGUCUGACCAAGCAUGAGGAAUUCAAGUCUGAACCCUAGAGAGUGAUGCAACUGAAACCAACUACUUUGGAACCUGCUAGCCGAAUAACCUGAUGAUGGAGUCAAUGUCGUAUUGGCUUUUGUAACCGAAUGGUCUGAUAGUAAUUACUCAUGUUAAGAAUGCAUAGUAAUUUAACCCUAACCGUUGGUUAGAAAUACACUUGUCUAACCGUAUAUAUCCAAAAAGAACUGCUAAUCCUAUAUGUAUUUUAUACUCAAUAUCUUUUCCAAUAAAAUUAUCGAUAAAA